UACUUAAGACGUGUCUUCGCAUCGCAACAAGCGAGCCUCGACUCUCGGCCACCACAAUGAUUGAACUGGCGUCGCCCUGGGAUGCCGACAACCUGGCGCACGGCAGCCUCCGGCACGCGGACGGAGGGUUUCCCUUGUUCGAUGCUGUCUUCAAAGCCUUGCCCGCUGGAACCGUCAUCCAACGCGGUGUCGAUCACGGGGAUUGCGGUUCCUGGUUCCGUAUCGGUCUCAUCCAGGCCAAGGACAAGCUGGGCAACGACGUGCAGUUCUUUGUCAAGUACGCCAUGGGAGCCACUGGGAGGAACAUGCUUCAGAGCGAGUACCAAGCCCAGUGCAAGCUAUACUCCCUCAUCCCCAACCAUGUUCCGAAGCCCAUGACCUGGGGCAGCGUCCCGCUCCGGUCGCCAAACGAGUGCUCGUACUUGAUCACCGAGUUCGUCCCCUUUGUCUCCCGCGUCCUGCCCGACCUUGACGCGGCCGGCAGCCUCGUGGCCAAGCUACACGCCGUCUCGCGCGGAACCUCGGACAGGUCCGGCACCGAUGGACCGCUCUUCGACGGCAUGCUCUGCUACCUCAGCGGCUGGGAGUCCAAGUGGCAGACGCUGUUUGCCAAGAUGCUCUACCAAGUCUAUCAUUACAACACCUUGAGCAACGGAAGAUGGGAUACGAUGCACGCAGCCAUUGUGCCCAUCAUCACCCACGUUGUCCCCAGGUUGCUCGGCGCCCUCGAGAAGGACGGCAGGACCAUCGUCCCCUGCUUCAUCCAUGGAGAUCUAUGGAAUGGCAAUUUCGGCACAGCUGCCGAUACCGACACGCUCUAUCUCUUCGACUCCAGCGGUUACUACGCCCACCAUGAGAUGGAAUUCGCCUUGUGGAGAACACGACAUCACCGCAUGCAUGAGCUGGAUUACUGUAGCUCCUACUUUAACCACUAUCCACGAAGCGAGCCAGUCGACGAGUUUGACGACAGGCUCUUGCUUUAUACCCUGAAGCCAUGCUUGGUAUACUCGUCCAUGAAUCCUGGCCAUGUCACUCGACGGAGGGCUCUCGACAAUAUGGCGUAUCUAUUGCAAAAGUACCAUUAUCAGGCGCCGGAAAGUUCAGACCAAUUAGGUGGCGAGGUGUUUAGAGAAAUUGCGGAUGGUCAGCACUUGUGGCAGAAAGAGUACCCUUCAGACGUGGCUCGCUUCAUCGAAGCUCGGAAGAAACGGUAGAGGAAAAUACCAUGGACCAAACUAGGCGUUCUGUUAGUUGAGUUUCUUUACUCAGUGUCACACGCGUGGAGUCCGGGCAUAUAUCAGUGACCACCGGUAGGCCUUGAUAGGUGCUCGGCUAGGUAACGGAGGGGCGGCGAAGGUAAUUUGCCAUCGGACAGGCAGAAGGGAAACUGCAAAGCUCUAUCAGUAUAGAGAAAAGUUUGGGCACCAGGCCGAAGAAUCCAUAUAUAUAUAUCAUUG